CUUCAAAGGAGGAGUGAGAUAGAAGUCGUGGUAGUGGAGUUUAGGACUUUGGUAGAUUGGUAAAUUGGGGUCGAGGCUUAGGGUUUCAUCAGUACGAAACCAAGGGAAGGAGUGUGACUGUGUGAGUGACACAGAGAGAUUGAAUUCAUCCAUGGCUGGCAACGGCAUCCACCCAUACCACCAACAGUGGCCUCCCGCAGCGGCCGUUCCUCCUCCAACCCCACCGCCUGCCGCUCCUCCCACCCUCUCUCCCGACGAGGUUCGAACGAUAUUCAUCACUGGCCUCCCCGACGACGUGAAAGAGAGAGAGCUACAGAACCUGCUUCGAUGGUUGCCUGGCUUCGAAGCUUCUCAGCUCAAUUUCAAAGCCGAUAAACCCAUGGGUUUUGCUCUCUUCUCCAGUCCUCACCAAGCAAUCGCCGCCAAAGAUAUUCUUCAGGACAUGCUCUUCGAUCCUGAAGCCAAGUCCGUCCUCCACACUGAAAUGGCCAAGAAAAAUCUCUUCAUCAAAAGAGGAAUAGGGGCUGAUGCAGCUGCUUUUGAUCAGAGUAAACGGUUAAGGACUGCUGGGGAUUAUACACACACUGGUUAUGUAACCCCAUCUCCUUAUCAUCCUCCCCCGCCUCCCGUUUGGGGACCACAUGGAUACAUGGCUCCACCACCACCUCCGUAUGAUCCGUAUGCAGGCUAUCCUGUUGCACCUGUACCGAUGCCUGCUCCUGCUCCCAUAGCGGCGCCUAGCAGCUAUGUUCCAGUUCAGAACACAAAAGACAACCCUCCCUGCAACACCUUGUUUAUUGGAAACUUGGGAGAGAACAUUAACGAGGAAGAAGUGAAGGGCCUUUUCAGUGUACAACCUGGCUUUAAGCAAAUGAAGAUUUUAAGACAGGAGAGGCAUACGGUUUGCUUCAUUGAAUUUGAAGAUGUGAAUAGUGCUGCCAAUGUGCACCAUACUCUGCAGGGUGCCGUUAUUCCAAGUUCUGGUUCAGUUGGCAUGCGGAUACAAUAUUCGAAAAACCCAUUUGGAAAAAGGAAAGAUGGCAACAUCAUGCUUGCUGUUCCAAAUGCCAAUGGAGCUCCACCAACAAUGGCUUAUCAGUAGCUUGAAGGGGAUGUACUCUGUUCUUUAUGCUCCGACAAGUAUUACAUGAUAGGAUGCAUCUUGCAGCUGUUACAUGCAUCCAUUGAUUAUGAAGUCAUCGCCAUAAGCAUCCGCCAUUAGCAUCCCUGCUCAUGUGAAUGAUUGCACUGUGGCAUCAUAUAUACAUAAUACAUUUGGCAAUGUUACACUAAUUGGACAUGCAUUUCUUGGCAGCAUAUGUUGGUUCCUAGAUUACUUCUGUAGUUGUUUAGAUGAUGUUAUUACCUUGUAGAACUGAUGCAUGGGUCUAAAUUUUGUUUGAAUUGUGUGCUUAAUGGUCAUUAACUCAUUAUACUCUGUGUACAUUGGCAUUAGGAAUGCUUAUCCAAACAGGCAUUAUCUGUAGCCAAUGCCCCAACUUUAGGCUCAUUUAUUGCUUACUUGA